GGUGGCGCUGUUUCCCCGAUUCUAGUUUGUUAGUGCCGUUGCUAGGAUACCAGUGGCCCAUCCAUGCUGUUCAUUAGUUUGCUAGAUACUUCCCACGAAUGUCAGCCGUGCUUUGAAGAAUAAGUUUAAAGUGCAUAGAAUGUCAGACACAGAUGGAGACCACGACAGUCAAAAGCCAAAGAGCGUAACGUUACCUUCAACUUUGACAGCCGAUGGGGAUUGGCUCUACCUUAAAGGAGAGUAUAAAAAGGCUAUAGACAGCUUCACGAAGGCACUGACUUUAAAACCUAGCGACAAAAACUGCUAUGUUGGCCGAUCCAAAUGUUACUUGAAUCUGGGGCAACCUGAAAACGCUUUAAAAGACGCAGAAGCUUCACUAAACGAGGACAAAUCAUUUUUUGAGGGAUUGUACCAGAAAGCCGAGGCUUUAUACUACAUGGGAGAAUUUGAGUUUGCACUGGAGUUUUACCACAGAGGACAAAAGCUACGUCCACAAAUACAGGAAUUCAGACUGGGUAUCCAGAAAGCACAGGAGGCCAUAGAAAACUCUGUUGGCUCUUCAACUGUAAAACUAGAGAUUAAGGGAGACCUAUCAUUUCUGCAAAAAGAAGAAGAGAGGGCACAGCCAAUUACUGCUAUUCAGCAUAUGACAAAAAAACACACCUCAAAGAGUGCUAAGAGCGAGAGGACAACCAAACAGAUGCUGAGGGAGUUUUACAGUGACAAGAAAUACCUAGAAAACCUGUUGAAAGAUGAAGACUUGGUAAACGGCAAGACAAAGGGUGGGGAAAGACUGCAGGAUGUUAUUCAGAGCAGCCUCACAUACCUUGACACCUGCACCGAAUUCUGGAACCAGGAGAAACCUAUUUGUACCCAGGAAAAGGACCGUAAGAUCAUGCAGCAAACAUGUAGCCAGCCCCAUUACAGCACACCCUCUGGUCUGGCUCAGUUUCUCCUGAAGAGUCUGGAUGACAUUGACAAAGAGUUGACAUCUGGAAAUGCAAAAGGUAGUCUGAAGAAGGCGGAAGAAGUCAUGAAACUAGUGCAGGGAUGGUCUGAGAAGGAGGUUCCAAAUAAGAAAGAGGUUUUGGCCACCCUGCACGGUUGCAUUGGGAAUGCACUGAUUGACCUGGGAGACAUGGACAAUGCAUUAAACCAUCAUCAAAAAUACUUGAAGUUGGCUAAACAGUGCAAACUCCCAGAAGCAAUGUCCAGUGCAUUGGACAACAUUGGAAGGGUCUAUGCCCAAACUGGACAGUUCACACAGGCCAUUGAGUUCUGGGAAAAGAAGAUUCCCCUGGUCCGUGGUGGUUUAGAGAAGACCUGGUUGUUGCAUGAGAUUGGUCGGUGUUACUUGGAGCUUAAUCGCUAUGAAGAAUCCCGGGACUAUGGCGUCCGUUCACUUGCUGCAGCUGAUGAAAUUGCCGAUGGGAAAUGGCAGAUAAAUGCCAAUGUUUUGGUGGCACAAUCACAAUUUAAAAUGGGAAACUUUGAAGCCGCUGUCACCCACUUUGAGAGAGCCCUGACCUACGCUGGACUUGAAGAAGACGACUCUGCCAUGAAUGCAAUUCACAAGGCUCUUCAUGAAGCACAGCAACAGCUAUCACAAUGAGGAAGUAUCCAGUCAAGAUUGAGUGCAGCUGGAGAAAAUGAACGACCGGUGACUGAAAUGAGUCGAGUAAAAGUCAACUCCCUCAAAAGGGCAACUGACAUAUUUGUUUUUAUGAAUGAAAUACAUUAAUACUUUUGAUGAGAACCUUAGAUAUAACCAUUUCUAAGGCUCUCACUAAUUGUAUUAAAAUGCCAGACAAAGUGUGAUAUAGAUUAUCAGUUUGUUGACAGAUAGUGAAAACAGAUGUUAUAUGGGCACCUUCACCAGAUGUAUUUCAAUUUGAGAUGUUUUAUUGUUUUCAGUUAAAAUUUGUUAAGACACUAGCUGAUGCAUAAGACCCAGUAUUCGCUUACAGGUCCUCAUGCACAUAGGCAAGUUUUGAGUAAGUAACCUCUCACUGGUUAAAAUACAAACACUAGUAUGAAACAAAUAUGGGUUGUGCUGGUGGGGUUCAUACAUGAUGAAACUAUGAAGUUAUUAUUGGGAGCUUUGGCCUCACAGUGUUACAGACAGUAGUGAACUAGUGCUAAUAAAUUUGGCAUGUUAAAGGAAUUUGGUUAUGUAUCUCAAAUGAAGGCCUCAUAAAUCUUGACAAAAUACCACUAUUGUGUAAAUGCAAACUAGUCUUGUCACUGACUGUGAGGAUAACAUUUUGGGAUAGGAGCAAAAUAACAUAUAAAAUGGCUGGUCUAUACCAUCUGUGUGUGUGUUGAUACUAGAUAUUUUUCUCAUAUUAGUAAAAUACAGUGUGAGCUGAAAACAGCAAAUAGUGUAAAAUGGGAGGAAACCAUAUGUGUUUUUUAACUUUACUGAUGUGCAACACAGUUGUUUACCUAGAUACUGUAUUCAGUACAUACAGACAAAUACUAAUCCAGCAAAAAAGAAAAAUGUACACAUUUGUGUAAAAGUUUUAGCCAUUAAAAGUCUAGUUUUUAUUUGACAAUUGGAACCAAAAAUAAGUAAACAAAACCAAGUCACCAUUUGGUUUGACCAGCCUUUGCUUUUAAAACAACCAAUUCUCCAAGGUACACUUAAACAUAGUUUUUCCAUAUUUUUAGAGAAUUUGCAACAGUUCUGGUGGAUUCAGACUAUAAUCCCAGACUGACUCCAUGAAAAUGAGCUCAGUGCACUGUCACUGAAAAGUGUUUUCUAUGUGUCUGGCUGUGUUUCUGAGGUUGUUGACAUGCAGCAGAGUGAAUUUCACACACAUGCCUUAUGAUGUUGCAUGGUGGAUAAGAAUCUAAACAUCUAAAGCACAUAAAACCAUUGCAUAUUAUGAUACAUAUUCUUACAAAUCAAGUUAAAAAAAUAAAGAAAAAACAAACUUUCUUAGUUUGAACGAGGUGGCAAGUCAAGUAUGCAUCUGUUUCAGUG